AUGGUUUGCUGCAUUCCGAUUCCACCACCAACUGUUUCAAACUGUAAUCUGGAUGUGGAAAUCAAGAUACCGGAUUGUAGCCAUUGCGCGACAAUUAUGACUGAAGUUAUUCCCAGAUUCAAAGGGGUUGAAACAUGUGUGACGGAUAUAGUGAAUCAAAAUAUUGCCGUCAGAGGAAGUUUUAAUCUCGAGAAGUUGUUGAAAAAACUCAGUAAACUAACAGGUGAAGAUCAAGUGGUGCUUGUGAAGAAAGAAGUUGAAUCUGAAAUAGUCCAGAAGAAAAACCUUGGAGCACUUCUUGAAACCGAUAAGAAAUCAGAAGAGUAUGCAAAUAACAAGGAAAUGGACAAAAUUCUGAUGUUCAAUGAUGAAAAUCCCAACGCCAGGUGUACUAUUUCGUAA